AGCUUGCUGGCUGAUGAUGGGAAGUGGAAGUGUGAAGUGUGCGCACUCAAGUGGGAUGUGAAGGUCAUCAAAUGCAAGGCCUGUGAAGCUUUUCAACCCGGGCUUUCAGAAGAGGCCAUUGCAAAGAUGAAGGCUGAGGAGGAGACAUGCCAAGCGGAAGCAGUAGCCAAAUUUCAAUCACCCACUGAUGUGAAACCCACUGGCUUCAGUUUUGGUGCAGCAAGCACCGGGGGCAGUGGCUUUGGAACAUCUACAGCUCCUGUUGUUUUCGGAUUUGCACAGGGCGAUGCCACGUCAAGCGCCGGCUUUGCCGGCUUUCAGCCAAGCACAAGUAGCACCUUUCAGCCCAGCGGCACCGGUUUCUCAGCAGGCACAGGCUUCUCAGCAGGUGCCACCACCUUUGGCUUUCCACCACAGGAAACGAGUGUUGGAACUCUGACAUUUGGGUUUGGUGGCUCAACUUCUAGCUCUUCAGCUCCGGUUUUUGGUUUUGGCACAGUUGGCGCCUUUGGAGUUGAUGGAGCUCCCUCUGAGACCAAGAAGCUGGAGGAACUUCCAGACUUUGCACGAGAAGAUGAGGUCCCCGUAGGCGAUGUCUUUGUGCAUGGCAGUGGCGAAUGUGACCAACUUGGCUUGGGAGAUGACACGCGGGAACGCAGAAAGCCUACUCUGUUGAAAGCUCUGGUUGGCAAACAUGUUUGCGAGAUUGCUGUCGGUGCGAUGCAUGUUCUUUGUGUUUCUGCUGGCGGGGGGGCUGUACAGCUGGGGCUGCAACGAUGAUGGUGCUUUGGGAAGAGUGUCGUCUGACGGUUCAGAUGGAGGCCCGUCAGAUGUGGAGCCACACCAAGUGAGCAUGCCAAGUGGGGUAGCAGUUCGAAAGGUAUCUUGCGGAGAUUGCCACAGCUGUGCUCUAGAUGAUCGUGGCCGUGUAUGGCUGUGGGGAACCUACAAGGACUCCAAUGGCUACAUCGGCAUUGUGCACAAGAGAAAGCAAGAAUCCGAAGUCUUGGAGAAGAGUUCUGAGCCUGCUUUAGCUGUUGAGGGCUGUUCUGCCAUAGCCAGUGGUGCCAAUCACACAGUGGCGCUGGUGGAAACAGCUGGUGGACGCAAGGUUCUGGCCUGGGGCUCCAAUGCCACUGGGCAGUUGGGGUUGCUAGACAACGUUGGCUGCGGCUUUUCUGAAAGUGUUCUAUCUGGCAGUGAUCUAGAAGGACUGACUGCCCGUGAGGGUGGUGGCUGUGAGGUCAAAGGAGAAGCCGUAGUGCGAUUGUUAGAUUCCAAUGGCAAUGAAAAGAAUGCCGACAAAAUGACAGUUGCAGAACUCCAGCAAGCACUCUCGGCAGGGACAUCGAUAGUGGUGCAGAGGCCAGACAGAGAGGUACCCAAGACCGAAAAGAAGAAAUUGCUGCACCCGCAGGAAAUGUGCUUGAGUGCUUCCGGAAUAGAACCCUCCAACGUCGAAGGGGCCUUUGCCAGCGCCGAAUGCACCUUCAUCAUAGCCAAGGAUGGCUCUAUAUUUGGUUGUGGUCUGAAUGGUGAUGGGCAAGUGGGACUUGGCUUUGCCAGCAUGGCAGUGCAAACUCUCAAAGCUGUGCGACGCGUGCGGCAAGCGUCCUGGCUGGGUGGUGGAUUGCAUAGCACAGCUGCUCUUGCUGAUGGUCGUGUUUUCUCGUGGGGCAAGGCAGAAGAGAGUGGCCUUGGUCUUGGGGAGAAGGACCCUCCGGUGCUAGAACCUAGAGAAGUUACAGGACUUCCCAGAAUACGAGCUUUGCGGUGUGGUGGGCAUCAUAUGCUCGCGAGCUCAGUGGAUGGAGAUGUGUUUGUUUGGGGAUGUGGUCUCACACAUCAACUUGGGAACCGACCACGAGAUGUGUCAAAUCCCGUGGACAUUGAUGAUGAACCCGAGGAUGAGUUGAGGCCAUACAGACUAUCCUCCAAACAGCUGGAGAAGCGGUUUGUGAUGAUUGCAGAUGGUGGUGCUCAGCACACAGUGGAGCUGGCGUGGGACUCUUCUUACAGUAAGCUGGA